AUGUUUUAUUUAAUUGUGUAUAGUCAAGAUAAUAUUAAAAACGUUAAACAAUGCCUAAGUAUAUUUGAAAAUAUAUAUAUUUAUAAUGGAAAUAGAGUAGAAAAAAUAAAUUACAAAAAUUGUACUGAUAAUAAGGAAAUUGAAAAUAAUUUUUUAAUAAAAGAAAAAGAAAGUAUACAAUACAAAUAUAUACAAUAUUUAAAUAAAAAUAAAAUUGAAUAUUAUGCAUCAUCAUUUAUAGAAUUAUAUGUAAAUAACACAGAAAAUUUUGAUUUAUAUUUAAUUAAAGGAAAUGAACAAAAUACAAUUACAAAUAAAAAAGAAGGCACAUCACAUUAUUUAAAAAAUUACACAAAUUUUGAAGAUGUUCGAAUAAAAGAAAAAAAAGGAAAUACUCCAAAAAACGGAAGGAAUACUAAAAAAGUUAAUUCAGAAAAACAAACAAAUGUUGAAAUAAAUAAACUAACAAUUAUAGAAAACCAAAAUCAUCAAAAUGAACUUAAUAUACCAUUACACAGAUCUCAUAUGUUAUUUAUUUUAUCAUUGCCAUCUUAUUUUAUUUUUUACGAUUUUUUUUCUUUAAUAUUUGAUUAUAUCGAUUAUAUAGAUAAAAUAAAGAUAUUUUAUGUUAAAACAAACUUUGACGUAUUUACAAAAAAAUCAAAUCAAAUCAAACAAGCCUCUUUUAAUCAUGAAAAUGCCAGUAGUGACAAUUUGGGUAAAAAUUGCGAAAAUCAAAAUGGAAAUGGAAAUGCACAAUUUGAGAAAUUAGGAGAACAGAAAAGUCGUUCUUCAAAAUCCAAAAUCCAAAAGGACAUGUUUAAAAGUAUUUCCAACGAUAUUUAUAAUCAAAAAAAUAAAGAAAGUUACAUUUUGACGAAUCAGAAAUUAAAAUUCGAAUCAAAUGCUCAAUCAGAUUCCACCUUAAAUAGUAUCACAAACUCAAGUGUAGAAUUAUAUGAUUUUUUUUCAAUACAAACUAAAAAUAUGUUUAUAAAAAACAAUACAAAUAUAGAUUGCCAAAAUAAUUCGAUAAACUAUGAUUGCAUUAAUUUUGUACAAAAUGAUCAAGGUAUUAACAAUAAAUUAAAAAAAAAUAAAAAAAAAGAGAAAAGUGUGAAAAAAAUACGACAAAAAAAUGAAGAACAUACGAAAGAUAACAAUCCAGAUAAUAUAUCAAAAGAAAAAAAAAUUCAAUUUUAUAAAAAUUUAUACAAAAUUUUUAAAAAAAAAUUAAAAAAAAAAAAAAUAUAUAAAACAUACUCUCUUUUAAUAUUAUUUAAAACACAAAUAUAUGCAGAUAUGUUUUAUAAAAAUUUUCAUUGUAAAAAUAUAGAUUUAUUAAUCAAAAAAAAUAUAUCAAAACGAAAUAUAAAUAAUUAUCCAGUUUACAAAAGUUGGAACAUUUAUUGUUUAUUUGUUAGUGUUGUAUAUUAUAUUCUAGACCAAAAUUAUGAACACGAUCAACUCAAAAUAUCAUACCAAGCAUCAGAAGAAAAAAACAGUGAACAAAAUAAUAUCACAAACAUAAAAAUAUUACAGAAUAACGAAUCACAACAAAUGUUAUCCAAAAUGAAUGCAAAUUCGAUGAACACACCUAGCGAACAAAAUAAUCAAACUGACAUUACAAAUAAAUCAAAUACUCUAAUUAUUUUAAAUAAAAAACAAUCUGAAAAUAAUGAUGCUAAUGAAAUUAAGCCAACAAAAAUAAUACAUCCUAUAAAUAUUUUCGAUAUAAAUAAUUAUGAACAAUUUUUUAAAAAUGUUAUAAUUGACGGGAAUAUAUGUAUAUCUACUUGUAUAUUUUGUAUGGAACGUUUAGGAAAUUUUAUAUAUUAUAUCUUAACACGAAAUAAAAGAUCUGAUAAAGAAUUAUAUAAUACUAAUAAAUAUUAUACAUCCGAUAAUUAUAUUAACAUGUCAUGUAAUGCAUGUAUGUUCAUAAUUUUUUAUGAUAUUGUUUCAGAAUAUACAACUAAUUAUUUUUCAUAUGUUAUUGAUGAUGUUUCAAAGAAAAGUUUAAGCCCUCAAAGAAAUGAAAAUGUAAAUGAUUCAAAAAAAAACGAAAAAAUAUAUUUAUACAAUCAAGGAAUGAAUAAAAUUAUUCAAUUAAACGAAUUAGUAAAAAUAUUAAAAUGUAAAAAUUGUAAUCAUGUUGAUGAUUUAUGGCUUUGUUUAAUUUGCUCGAAUAUUGGAUGCGGAAGAUAUCAAAAAAGCCAUGCAAAAAUACAUAGUUCAAACUUUAAUCAUAAUUAUUGCAUAAAUUUAAAAACAAAAAAAAUAUGGAGUUACCAUGAUGAUUCAUUUAUAGAGGAUACAAUAGAUGCUCAAAUAAUAAACAACAAUAAUGAAAAUAUAACAGACUUUUCAAUUAAUAAUAUAUUCGAGAAAUAUAGCCCCAAUAAUCAAAACAAUCGACAUAGUUAUCAUACUAGCAUAGUAAAAACAAUAAUUGAUGAAAAUGAAAAUGAAAAUAAUAAUAAAAUAAUAAAAAAUAUAAAAUAUGAUAAAACAGAAAGCGAAAGUGAACAUAUGCAUACUCAUAUAUAUAACGAAAAUGAAUAUUUAAGAGAUGAUGUAGAAAAUUUAAAAUAUGACACAUUAUAUGAAUAUAAUGAUGAAAUAUAUGAUAAAAUUUUUGAUAUAUUUACUAAUGAUACAUAUAUUGAUGAUAAUUUAAAAAAUGAAUUAUUAUAUAUUUUAUAUUCUAAACUUUCAUAUGAAUCGAAUAUUUAUAACAAUACUUUAAUUGACUUACAGUAUAAAUAUCUUAACAAAUUAGAACAAAAAAAAAUAUACAUAAAAAAUAUUCAAGAAAAAAUUAAUGAAAUUAAAAAACAAAAUAAUCAAAUUACCAACUAUAUUCAUCAUAUCGAUCACUUAAUAAAAACUAAAAAUUCAGAAAAAAUACAAAUGCAGAAAAAGAUUGAUUUUUAUAGAGAACUAAAUAAUAAUAUAAUUGCUCAAAAAAAAAAUGACAAAAAUAUCAACCAAAGUAAUAAUGGAAAUAAAAACCAUAACCAACCUAAUAAAAUUGAUGAAAAUGAUCAAGAUACUGAUUCAAAAAAAAUAAAACACCUAGAUCAAACUAUAGAAUCUUUACAAUCCCAAAUUGAUAAGUUAUUAUUAGAUUUGUAG